GAGGAUCAGCAAGUCAGAUCCUUAUGGCAACCUCCCAGCGAACUUCGGUAUGCCAAGUCCAGAAAUGCUUCACGACAUGGCUCCUGGUAAAAACACAUUUGGCAGCAGUGAUUUAAGAGGAGAAGUUCCGGAGAAGGCGAUCGAUGGCAAUGACAACUCGAUAUUCCAUUCCACACACGAAAAGCGUCCCUGGUGGGUGAUCGAUUUGGGAUCAGAACGAAUCAUUUACCAUAUCAUGAUUCUGAGUCGCCAAGACUGCUGUUCAGAAAGGUUACAUGACCUCGAGAUUCGCCUGGGAAACGACUUGGAGGUGAAUGGCGACUUCUCCUCUUAUGAUCUUCUGUAUUUCUACAGAGGACCCUACAGGAAGGAAGACGGAUUCUUCAUGUAUACCUUUGCCCAGGGUGUAAAGGGGAGAUACCUGAGUCUACAGAUUGUUGCAGAGGCAAUAGAAUAUUUACAGCUUAACACCGUCAAAGUUAUCGGUUUAAGGAACUAAGUAACUAUCGUACUGGCCAAAAUGCUUUUAUAGGUAUUGUUAAAUUAUUUAAAGCCUUUGAAGCCGAUUACAAAAAUGAUAGGGUUAUCAUGAGAUAAAAAAUUUCACCACAGAAUUAAGUAAUUAGGGGAAAUCACUUCCAAGGAAAUAUUACAUAGCCGUAAGGUACAUACUUAUAAAUCAUCUGAAUUAGUGUGAUUUAUUUUUGCAGACAUCAGGAAAUUCAUUUUUGCAUAUAAAAAUAAAAGAAUGAAUGAAUAUUGAUAAGGGUAUCCUUCCUGGAAGAAAGUAGCCACUGAUUUGGUUUGCUUGUUUGUUAACAACACUUCCGUUGGUUUCUGGCUACAACCAAAACAAAACAAAGUGGACUCUGUGACUGGCUACAACCAAGUAGAUUUUAGGAGAGAAAUUGUCAAUUGGUUUAGGGCCCUUUUGUGUGUGUCCUUUGCCUUGCCUCGACCGAGGUUUGUGGUAUUUUGUUCUUAAUGUGAUUAUCCGCUUAGAAUACGGAUUCAACCAAUUAAAAUAUGAUACAAAGCUUCCUGUAUUAUGUAUUCUAUAACUCAAUACAUUCAUAACGCUGCAAAUCAAACAUUAUUUAAGCAU